ACUCCAGGCACAAUAACUUCGCUCCUAAACCCAGGCACCGAAUGAGCUUUUGAGUGUGAGUAUUCUAUCAAGCUGAUAGAAAACGAAGACGAAAACUUUAUCAAGCUGCCUCCUUUGUCUUCUCUCUGAAUAAACCUCGCUCAAGGUGAGGCCUUUUUUGAGUAAAGGUGAUUGCAUGUGGUUUGAGUGAUCUUCAUAUGGAAAUGGAUAGCAAAAUGGAGAUUCCUGUCCCUGGCAAUGAGUGCCCUGCUUCUGCUACGAUUGAGGUUGAGGAUGAUGGCAAUUCAGUUGGUGUUAUGGCUCCAGCUCCAUGUAGGUUAGAUGCAGGUUUGGGAUUUGAAAACGGGGGAGGCUUGGAGAUGAAUUUGCAGUUGCAAAGAGAUAUUGAAUUCCCCAAAAGGUUCAAUCUUUCUCCUUCAAUGAAAUCCUCAUUGAAGAGAAAUGUUGCUGUGUUUGCUGCUGGUUUUAAGGAAAAAUUCAAAAAUUUGCAGACACAGUUUGUUGAGCAGUCUGGAGAUUCUCAGAAUCUUGAUGACAAAGCUGAUUUGAGAUCAGCGCUGAGUAAAUUUAGCAAUUUAAAUCUUGAUGAGGGUAUGAAGCUUGUGGAAGAUAAUGAGAGGGAUGAUAAGAUAAUCAAAAUAAUUCUUCAGAUUAAGGAUCUUGAGAAAUAUAUCGAAGAGCAAAAAGAUUGGGCUCAUAAGUCAGUAAUAGGAGCAGCAAGAAAGCUAAGCAGUGAUCUGACUGAGCUCAAAAUGUUAAGGAUGGAAAGAGAGGAGACUCUGAAAUUGAAGAGAGGGAAACCAACUCUUGAUGACUCAACCAUGAAGAGACUCUCAGAGAUGGAGGAUGCCUUAAGAAGGGCUAGUGGUCAAGCAGACCGUGCAAAUGCAAACGUGAGAAGAAUAGAGUUAGAGAAUGCAGAAAUCAAAGCAGAGAUUGAGGCUUCCAAAUUAAGUGCAUCAGAGUCAGUGGAUGCUUGUAAAGAAGUUGAGAAAAGGGAGAAAAAAUUCUUAAAGAAACUUAAAGCAUGGGAAAAGCAGAAAGCUAAACUAGAGCAGGAGAUUUCUGAUGAAAGAGAAAAGGUAUUGAAGACACAAGAAGAAUUGGCUCAGAUUAAGCAGUCUCGAGAAGAAGCUGAGGUCAAGUGGAAGGAAGAGUUGAAGGCCAAAGAGGAAGCCCUAGCACUAGUUGAGGAGGAACGCCAAGCUAAGGAAACUGCUGAGUCUGAAAAUAAGAGGAAGCUUGAGGCUUUGCGCGUGAAGAUAGAGAUAGAUUUCCAGCGCCACAAGGAUGAUCUAUCAAGACUUGAGGAGGAGAUUUCGCGCCUUAAAGCAUCUGCUCAGUCUGCCGAGUCAUCAUCGAUGACUAACUCUGAGGAUGCAAUGCCCCAGUGGGAGACAGCAAUUGCUAAUCUGCUUCAAGACUUAGAUGACAUGGAGGAUCAUUCGGAGAAAGAAGUGAAGAGCAACAGAGAAUGCAUUAUGUGCAUGAAAGAUAGAGUCUCCAUUGUUUUCUUGCCGUGUGCUCACCAAGUUAUGUGUGCUAGUUGCAGUGCUGAGCAUGGAAGAAAGGGUAAGACUUCUUGUCCUUACUGCCGGGUUCAAAUCCAACAGAGAAUCCGUGUGUUUGGGAUAGGCUCGUAGCUUAUUUUAGAGUUCUGUUUCAAUAGGACUUUGUAAGAUUAAUCGAUUAGGGUUGCAAUAUUACUCCCUCCCCCAAAUGGGGGGUUUUUAAAAAACUCAUAUGUCAAGAUUUAAUCGAUUAAAUAAGGAUCUUAAUCGAUUAAAUCACGGAAUUUUAAAAAGAGUCUGCCGUGAUUUAAUCGAUUACGAAGGAGAUUUAAUCGAUUAAAUCAGGAGUCAACAUUUUAUGUAUUUUUUGGCCGUUUAAUCGAUUUAAGAGGGGCAGGU